CCAUAUUUUGAAAACCACAGCACCCUCCCAUCAAAACCGGAAAAAGGAAUAUAAUAGAUCCCGGUGCCACAAGGUGAGCCCUAAAGCACGCUAGCAGGGAAGCGAAUGCGAAAAAUUUGCAAAAGCGCCGCCCAAAAAUUACAAAAGAGAUUAAGUUGAGGAAACCCUAACCCUACGAGUCGUUGGAGUCUCUGCUUCAGAAAGUUGAUUUGCGCGAGGAGUUUCUAUUGUCUGUUCGGGACCAUUUUUUCCGCAGUGUAAAGAAGUCUGAAUAAGAUGUCAAGCGCUUGGACAAAUAUGAGCUUUGCAAUCAUACGUAGGGAUGUAGAAUGGGAGUGGGAGAAGUCAGGGUGGAGUUUUUGGUAUAUUUAUAUAAUUGGAAGUACUUGCUCGCUCUCUGAAGAGCUUUUGAUCUGGCAAAAAUUUAGAGGAUGAGGAGAUCAUAUUUUAAUUCGAAUAAAUAAUUGCUUUGGAGUAUCUUGGAGCAUAUGAGCAACGGAGCUUGUGGAGCACCGCUCACCUCAAGGAUUGCUCUCUUGAAUAUUUCUUUGACUUCACCUACAAAGACCAAGAAUGAGUGGCCGUUUCUCUCGCACUAUCUAUGUCGGAAACCUUCCUGCUGAUAUUAGGGAAUCAGAAGUCGAAGACUUAUUUUACAAGUAUGGCCGCAUCUUGGAUAUUGAACUGAAGAUUCCACCUCGUCCUCCUUGCUAUUGUUUUGUGGAGUUUGAGAAUGCCCGGGAUGCUGAAGAUGCGAUAAGGGGCAGAGAUGGCUAUAACUUUGAUGGCUGUCGGUUGAGGGUUGAACUUGCUCAUGGUGGCAGAGGACCAUCAUCCUCCAGUGAUCGCCGUGGUGGUGGUGGUGGUUAUAGUGAAAGGGGCAGCGGUGGUGGAGGCGGUGGUGGAGGUGGAAGUGGCAGUGGUGGUGGCAGAUUUGGUGUGUCCCGCCAUUCUGAUUAUCGAGUGAUUGUUCGUGGGCUUCCGUCUUCUGCUUCUUGGCAAGAUUUAAAGGAUCAUAUGCGGAAAGCUGGUGAUGUCUGUUUUGCUGAAGUUUCCCGUGAUAGUGAAGGAACUUAUGGCUUAGUUGAUUAUACUAAUUACGAGGACAUGAAAUAUGCUAUGCGUAAGCUUGAUGAUAGUGAGUUCAGAAAUCCUUGGACCAGAACUUAUAUCCGGGUAAAGGAAUAUAAGGGCAGCCCUUCAAGAAGCCGAAGUAGGAGUCGCAGCAGAAGCAGAAGUCCGAGAAGGAGAAGCAGGUCACUGGACCGAUCAGCUUCAAGAUCACCCUCAGCAUCGCCUGUUAAACCAUCCCGACCCAGAUCGAGGUCCAGAUCAAGAUCAAGGUCCAAAUCGAGGUCUGCAUCCCCGCUCCCGGCUAGGUCCAGCAGUCCUUGAUUUUCCCAAUGCGUGUCCAAUGUAAAACUCAUGUGGUGCAAAACUUUCUUGGCAUAUGAUUUGGUGCCGAAUGAUGUCUUGAGACUGGAACUAUCAUUCUAGAUUGAAAAUUAUUAGAACUUGGAACUUGGGGAUGUUUGUUGUGAUCGUUUUAGAGAUGUGGUUAAUUCACAAUUUGUUUUUCGCUGGAUAAGAUUUGUUUGGUUAUGAUUUCUGCGACUAGAUAGACAAUAUUAGCAUUUUGGAUUAGUAACUAGAAAGACUGCCGAGUUGAAACAUUUUAGUGGCAUGCUGUGUUUCAAGUGUUUUCUGUCAUUAGAUAAAUCAAACGGUGUUCUUGGAUAGUGUAACUUAGAAUGUUCCUGGGCAUCUUGCUUCUUGUGAGAAAGAGCAUUUUAUUUCUA